GCUUGUCUUGUCUAGCGCCGCCUGCGCGCAUUACUCAUUUCCAAAUUUAAAAAGCUGAAGAAAAAAUCCAAGAUAAUUAAUCGUCUCGUUCUAAAUUCCAAGGACUAAAUUGGUUCGAUUCUUCUUCAAGAGCUCAGGCUCAUUGUACACAGAUCGUAGAUACAUGUAUAUGUAUGUGUGUGUGUAUAGUAAAUAGAGAGAGCGGCAGAGAGCUGAUUGGAGCUUGAUACGUUGAAGUGAGAAUUGGUAUGACCUGUUCAGGUAAAGUUUGACUACGUAUUAACUCAGAUUUCUGGCACUUUCAUGAUUGGUUUGGUUGAUUGCUGAAAUUUAUUGGUCUGAAUGCUGUGAUUGAAUCAAUUAUCGCUCUAUGCGGUUGUGCAUUUUUGGUUACAAUGGCAUCGAACCGAAGAACUCUAUCGGGGAGGACUCUGUUGCCUUACCACGAGCGUCUUCAUCAGAAUGGAGGGAAUCAGUUCUCCGUCUCCGUUGAAUCGCCGUCUCACAAGCAUCCGUCUAACGGCAGAAGCUCGUCUCCUUUGUCUGCAUUUGGAUUUGGAGUCAGCAGAUUACUUGGCGGAUUGAGAUAUUCGCGGAAAUGUCUUUCGUGGAAGGCGUCGUUUUAUAGGUGUUUAGUUUUCUUCUUUCUAGGGUUUAUACUAGGUAUGACGCCGUUUAUCGACGUUGAAGAUUGGAGUCGUCGCAAUUUCUAUAUUGAAAUGAAGCCUCCUUUAGUGAAUGAUGAGAGGGAGGUGAAGGAUGUAGUGAUCCCUAGAGAUAAUCCUGCUAUUGGUGCAGCACAACUACAAAGUAUUUCAACAGAGGAAGAUAUCAUUCCACGGAAGCAGUUAAUCAUUGUGACUCCAACAUAUAACAGGGUUCUACAAGCUCAUUAUUUGAAUAAAUUGGGGCAGGUUUUGAGGCAUGUGCAGCCUCCAUUGUUGUGGAUUGUGGUAGAGAUGGAUGCAGUAUCAUCAGAGACUGCAGAGAUUUUGAGGAACACUGGGGUCGUGUAUAGACAUCUGGUGUGCCUCAAGAAUACAAAAGAUAUAAAGGACCGGGGUGUGCAUCAGAGGAACACUGCGCUGGAGCACAUUGAACAUCAUAGGCUUGAUGGGAUUGUUUACUUUGCGGAUGAUGACAAUAUCUAUUCACUUGAGUUGUUCGAGAGCAUGAGAAAUAUCAGUCGUUUUGGCACUUGGCCAGUUGCUAUGCUGGCACAAAGCAAAAACAAAGCAAUAUUGGAAGGUCCUGUGUGUAAUGGAAGUCGAGUUAUUGGAUGGCACACAAAUGAGAAGAGUAAGCAAGUUAGAAGAUUUCAUGUCGAUAUGUCUGGUUUUGCCUUUAAUAGCACUAUAUUAUGGGAUCCAAAAAGAUGGCAUCGACACAUUGCUGAUCCGAUUCGUCAACUGGACACUGUGAAAGAAGGUUUUCAGGAGACAACCUUCAUUGAACAACUUGUAGAAGAUGAAAGCCAAAUGGAAGGAAUACCUCAUGGUUGUUCAAGAGUACUAAACUGGCACCUACAUUUGGAAGAUCGUGAACUUGUUUACCCAAAAGGCUGGCAGAUUCAGAACAACCUUGAUGUUGUUUUCCAACUACAUGAUGGAAUAUGAAACGAUGCUAGGAUGGCUGGAUUGCCAAGUUCUUGAGUCAUGAGUUAUUUGCGGUGAAGAUCCAUAGGCUGGAGCAUAUCAUGGUGUUUUGCCACCAGACCAAGAACCAUUAAUGCCAUUUUGUUUGUUACUUUCCCUUCCAGAUAUUCUUUUUUCAGAGAGCAAUCUAUUUUUAUGUGGAGUUUGAUUGCUUUUCCUAGGUGAGUGAUGUAGUUUCCUGUUCCUCAACUUCUUCGGAAAGACUGGGUGCCAUGACCUUCAGAAAAAGAGAAUGAGCAUCUGCCAUGAUGUCGAUACGGUGGCUCAGUUUCCGCAGCUAGGCUUCCAAGUCAGAUGAAACCUAGUUUGCUGCUAUAGCAUAGUUUAUGCUUCUUGUAGUGCUGUUGUGCAGAGUGUCGGGCUAAGGUGUAAUAUACAUAGAACUAUAGAAGGAUAGGGUUUAAUUGUUCCAUACAGAUAGACGAGAUAGAAAAUAUUCAUUUG